AUGGGCAGCCGCCCCCUGCGGCGAGAUCAAAGCGGCCGUAAUCAGCGGGGGGGCCGAGUAUCUGUGACUGCAGAUGCGCAGAGCGCGCGCCGCUGCCCUAAGGUGAAAGGUCGCCGCCGGCAGGUGGGGGCGGAGCGGGCGGGCUCUAUUAAGCGCGGAGGGGGCGGCAGGGCCGGCCCGGCUGUGUUUUGGGCGCGGGCGCGUGUGUCCGCCGCGAUGUGUUGGCGCGCCGCCCCCGCCGCCGCCCCCGCCGCCGCCGCCGCCGCCGCGCCGGGUCAAAUCAAUACUGCAACAGUUGCCCACCCGCCGGCAGCGGCAGCAGGAGGACGCCUAAGCCCCGGUCGAUACCAGACACAGAGGCGCGGCGCGCCCAAGACGCUGCCGGCGUCGGAGGCGGCGGAGGCGGCGGCGGCGGCGGCGGUGGCGGUGCCGCCUGCUGGCGCGCGGCCGCUGCCUGCCGGGCGCUGGCAUUAA